GAAGAUUGUCGGACGAUGCCGACGAGUCUCGUUGGUGUACGCUUUACCUGUUGAUGAUCGAGUUCGGUUCAGUCCGCGAUAUAAUUGGGGCUCACAGCUGAACGACGAUACGGACGAAUAAAAUUCUGGUUAGUAAGACUCGCGAGUGUUUGCGUCGGUCCUUACGGUUGGCGGUUAAACAUUUUCAUACAGAACUAGAGCGCUGAGAAGCGAUAGGCGCUCCGGAAUUUUUCGUGCCUCGGAAAAUCAGAAAAGAACCACUGUCAACCCCCCGUGACCACGAUGCUUUCCGGUCGCGUGUGGUUAAUCAAGUUGUUUCGCGCCUGAUCGGGAGAUAUCGGGACCGAACGUUUGCAACAUCCUCUCGGAACAUGACUGAAGAUGUAACAACACUCAGUGUCUCCGUGCGAAAUUAGUUGUUUUUCUUGGUGUUUUCUUCAUCGAGUGAGACGAGUGAGUGACUUUAGUGGCAAUAGAGAGGAUGGCAGUCCGCAUCACUCUGGAAUGUGGACACACGUCGACACUGCGGAUGCGUACCACUCCGGAGGGUUACACGCACGAUUGGGAAGUGUUCGUACGCGGAAUUGACAAUGCCGAUAUAUAUCAAUACAUUGAAAAAGUGGUAUUCCUGUUACAUGACACAUUUCGGAAUCCCAAAAGAGUGCUGAAAGAACCGCCAUUUGUAGUAAAGGAAUCUGGCUAUGCAGGCUUCAUAAUACCUAUAGAAAUUUAUUUGAGAAAUAAAGAUGAGCCGAAAAAAUUUCAAAUAACAUAUGAUCUUCAUCUGCAGCCAAGUGGCCCACCUAUUAAUAAUGUCACUCGUCAUGCAGAAAUAUUUCGUAAUCCUUCUGAUGAAUUUAGAAAAAAGUUAUUGAAAGGUGGAGGUGUUAUGGUAUCUAGUAGAGAUGGUUCAUUGGAGAAAAAUGAUACAAAAACAUUGAUUGGCAAACCAAAGUUGAACGGCAGUGAGAACAAGAAACAUCGCAUUUCUGAAUCCAAAACUUCUAACCCGUUUCAUGAUUUGUUUGGUCCUCCUAUCAAAACAGCUCCUGUGAAAAUAUCACCAGACAGCAAGAAGAUGAAUCAAUCCGAUAAAAACAUAGCUUCUAAGCCUUCUGCUGUGAUUGAAAAAUCUGACAAAAUAGAUAAAACAAUUAAAACGAAGGAAGGUCUUCACAGGGACAAUAGAAAAGACAAAGUAGACGAUAAGAAGGAUAAAAAGACUAGAGAUAGUUCUAAGGAUCAACUUAAAAGUAAAGAAAGAUCUAAGAAAGAUCUUCCUAGUCCUGGGAAUAAGAGUCACUCAAGUCCUGGAACCAAGAGACCACCGUCACCUGUUGCUGCAAAGAAGUCAUCAACUCCUCCUCCACCAACUGCAAAGCAUUCUCUAUCACCUAAAUCAAAGGAGAAAGAAGUGAAGAAGAGUAUGGAAAAAGAAAAGGAUAGCAAGGAUAAGGAGAAAACGAAGAGUAAUUCCAAAAGUGAUGGAAUUGAUUCCUCUAAAUCUGAGAGAAAAAAAGAGAAGAAAAGACACAAAGAUGACAAAGACAAAGAACGAAAAGACAAGUAUAAAGAUGCUGCGGAUAAAGUUGCUGUUAAAGACAUCGCAAAGAUAAGCGAGAAGAAACCCGAAAGAACAGACAAGGUGGAAAAAUCGGAUAAAGAGAAAACCCAGGAAUAUAAAUCGUCAUCGAGAGACGGCAGAAAAUCGCCAAAACCCUCGAAGGAAAACGACAAGGUGAAAGAUGACAAAGCAAUAAAAGUGGAAAAAUCAGACAAGAAUGAGAAGUCUGAGAAAACGAAGGAUGGUAAGAGCGACAAAGAGAGACAGAAGCACAAACAUAAAAAGAGAGACAAAAAGGACAAGAGGGACAGCAAAGACAGGGAAAAGAAGGAGAAACGGGAAAGAAGUAAAGACAGCAGUGAGAAACAAAACAACGCGUCUUCCGCCACGUCCGGCGGAAAUCCACUGUCCACUCUUAUAACGGAGAUGCCGGAAAAAGACAGCAGCGAUUCGGCACCUUCGGUAGACGACGACUCGUUACCUGAAAGCAAAAACAUGACUAAUAUCAAAAAGGAAACGGAACCUGCGAUAUCAACUACACCCGUGGAAAUGGCAAAACCACUUUCUCCCGGCAUAUCGAUGGAGAUAAAGAAGGACAAGAGCGAUCGCAAUAGAAAAGACAAAUCCAAAAGGAGCGAGGAAAGAGAAAGCCGAAAGAGAAAGAGAAACAAAGAAGACGAAGAGAUUUCAGCGAAACGCCAAUCGACUUCUCCACCUUUGGAGCCAGUCUCGUCGAGUCAGUCUCCGGUCGCGAUAGACGGCGAUGCUGUUCAUCAUUCGGAAAAGGACAUGAAAAAGGACAAAGAUCUUAAGAAGGACGAUCGUGUCGAUUUGAUGGAUCAGGUGGUCAAUGACAAGGAUAUCGAUACUUACGUCGAACAGGUAGCUCCCGAUUCCACCAACAGCACUGACGUGGAGAUCAAUGAGCCGCCGAUAUUCUCCGAGGACUAUGUAUCUCAAUUGAAGGAUCUGCAACACAAAAUAAUGACGUUGCAAGAUAAUCAAGAGCUGCAGAGAGUGGUGCAGCUAAUUGCGGAGACCGGCCAAUACGAAAUCACGAAGAAGACGUUCGAUUUCGACCUGUGUGCGUUGGAUCGUAGAACUGUACAGCGUCUUCAACAGUUUUUCUCUGCAUCUUGACCAUCUGUGAUGUAAGGUAUAUCACACCUGUUUGGUUAACUUGUAUACAUACUUGUAAGAUUGCAUGAAAUUUAUCUUGCUAAGAAAGAAUUUCCGGCAAGUAUAGACGUAUAAAAUUCCAAACAGAGGAAUUCAUUUUUGAAUAAUGAGAGUUUUUAGUUAUAUUACUCGGAAAACUUAAAUAAAUAUCUUUAAAGAAUUUAAAACUUACUUUUGCAUGUUUUUUUUUUUUUUUUUUUUCUUUUAUAUCGCGAUACCCAGAAUGUCGUAACAGACGUUUUAAAAUGUUCUAAAUUAGACGACAAAGUAUAUGUAUAUAAUAUAUACGAGGAGAUUUGGCACACGUUGUACCAAGUAGUUCCCCGUUAAGAAAGAAAGAAAUUUAACUUGUGUUAUAAAAAGACGUGUGACAGAUCAAUCCUGUGUUUUGACAACGGGAUAUCGACUCCGUCACGUACGCCUCUGUAAUCGUUUCUCAUUUUACUUGAUUUUUUUCUUUAUUGGUCGAGAUAAUUUGUAUUAAUUUCUAGAUAAUUUUUAUCUAGAAAAAAAGCGUACUCUGCUACUCCGUUAAUUAAGAACCAAAAUUUUCUUCAUUAACGAGAUACCGCAGUACUUUGUAGAAUAAUAUUUUGGUGCACUAAAAAACAUAUUAACAUUUGCAUUUAUCGGACGUUAUCUACUACGCAGAGAAAAAGUUGAUUUCUUAUCGUACAUUGUAUGUAUUGCGUAUGAUUGCACUGAUUUAGUGAUACAAGAAAUAAUUGUAAGCACGAACACCGUGUCAUGUGUGUGUGUCAUUGCUUUGUAACAUAUAGACAUAUUUUUAACGUUGCGUAUUUUUCUUCUUUUUU